AUGCCGAAGAACAAGGGAAAAGGAGGGAAAAAUAAAAAAAGAGGAAAGAACGAAGCGGACGAUGAGAAGAGAGAGCUUGUAUACAAGGAAGACGGCCAAGAAUAUGCUCAGGUGAUAAGGAUGCUCGGCAACGGCCGUUGUGAAGCCAUGUGCAUUGACGGCACCAAACGGCUUUGCCACAUCCGAGGAAAGAUGCACAAGAAGGUUUGGAUUGCUGCCGGAGACAUUAUCCUCGUUGGCCUUCGCGAGUACCAGGACGAUAAGGCUGACGUGAUCCUCAAGUACAUGGCAGACGAGGCAAGGAGGUUGCAGCAAUAUGAAGAGUUGCCUGAAAGCAUUCGAGUCAAUGAAAGCGUAAUGGACCCAGAGGACGAUGAUGGUGGUAUCGAUGAUUAUGUUGAUUUUGAGGAUGAAGACAUCGAUCGAAUCUAG